AUGAUGACACCCCAAGUAAUCACUCCUCAACAAAUGCAACAAAUUCUCCAGCAGCAAGUGCUAACGCCCCAACAGCUACAAGUCUUACUUCAGCAACAACAAGCCCUCAUGCUCCAGCAGCAGCUUCAGGAGUUUUACAAGAAACAACAGGAACAGCUGCAGCUUCAGCUCUUACAACAACAACAUGCAGGAAAACAGCCAAAAGAGCAGCAGCAGCAAGUGGCUACGCAGCAGUUGGCUUUUCAGCAACAGCUUCUACAAAUGCAGCAGCUGCAGCAGCAGCACCUUCUGACACUGCAGCGUCAAGGUCUCCUUUCAAUCCAGCCGGGGCAGCCCGCCCUUCCACUGCAACCUCUCGCCCAAGGCAUGAUUCCAGCGGAGCUGCAGCAGCUCUGGAAAGAAGUAACGGGCUCGCACACGGCGGACGAUGCUGGCUGUAAUAACCAUAGCACUUUGGACCUGUCCACGACAUGCGUCUCUUCGGUGGUAGCCCCCAAGACCUCCUUGCUCCUCAACCAUCAGGCAUCAACCAAUGGCCAGGCCUCAGUUCUCACUCCAAAAAGAGAGAGCUCCCACGAGGACUACAUGCAGAAUCACCCCUUAUAUGGGCACGGUGUAUGCAAGUGGCCAGGCUGCGAGGCUGUGUGUGAAGAUUUCCCAUCAUUCCUUAAACAUCUCAACAGUGAGCAUGCAUUGGAUGACAGGAGCACGGCUCAAUGUCGAGUUCAAAUGCAAGUUGUACAGCAAUUAGAGUUACAGCUUUCCAAAGACAAAGAUCGCCUCCAAGCCAUGAUGACGCAUUUACAUGUGAAGUCAACAGAACCCAAAGCAAGCCCUCAACCUCUGAACCUGGUAUCCAGUGCCACCCUAUCAAAGACUGCAUCAGAACCAUCCCCUCAAAGUUUACCUCAUACUCCCACCACCCCAACCACACCACUCACUCCUCUAAACCAGGGACCUUCUGUUAUUACAACCACCAGCAUCCACAAUGUGGGACCCAUGCGGAGGCGGUACUCUGACAAAUAUAAUGUCCCCAUCUCUUCUGACAUUGCACAGAACCAAGAGUUUUACAAAAAUGCAGAAGUUAGGCCACCUUUUACAUACGCAUCCUUAAUUAGGCAGGCAAUUCUUGAAUCCCCUGAAAAGCAACUAACACUAAAUGAAAUCUACAAUUGGUUCACGAGAAUGUUUGCCUACUUUCGGCGCAAUGCAGCAACGUGGAAGAAUGCAGUGCGCCAUAAUCUUAGUCUACACAAGUGUUUUGUGCGAGUAGAAAACGUAAAAGGGGCAGUAUGGACAGUGGAUGAAAUAGAAUUCCAAAAAAGGAGGCCACAAAAGAUCAGUGGUAGUCCUUCGCUUAUCAAAAACAUUCAGACAAGUCACGCCUACUGCACACCUCUUAAUGCUGCUUUGCAGGCUUCAAUGGCUGAGAACAGUAUACCUCUAUACACUACGGCUUCCAUGGGAAACCCAGCUCUGACCAGUUUAGCCAGUGCCAUGCGGGAAGAACUGAAUGGUGUAAUUGAGCAUGGCAACAGCAAUGGCAGUGACAGCAGCCCGGGACGUUCCCCUAUGCAAGCAAUGCACCACGUACAUGUUAAAGAAGAACCACUGGAUCCCGACGAGAAUGAAGGGCCACUAUCGCUAGUAACAACAGCUAACCACAGUCCUGACUUUGACCCUGACAGAGAUUAUGAAGAUGAACCAGUAAAUGAGGACAUGGAGUAA